AUGUCAGCAGACAAGAAGAAGACCAAGUCCAGCCUGUCCAACCCUAGGGUGAAGGCUGCAUCGAAGAGCGCCGCCAAACACGCCAAGCAGCACACCCACCGCGAUCAGAGGUCGAAGCACAAGAACGAAGAGCUCAGGUCUCAGUUGGACAAGUUGAUGGCUGAGGGGAGGGAGGGAAUGCUAGCGAGCACGACGCCGUCGAACAACCUGCCCGCAGCGCCAGCAAGGCCUGUCAAACAAGUGACAGAGGCAGAAGCAAUGCGCAAUUUGACCACGCUUUCGUUAUGA